AUGUCUUCCGUGAUUCUAUCUGCGCUGAUGCGCCGUCAACAGAUUAAGGGAGACCUUUGCACAUUUGAAAUAUGCAGCAUCGAAAAAUCUUACUACGGUUAUCGCCCGUCACUUGCGGCUAACACCGUCUUUACUGCGAUUUUCGGUGCCUCCUUAAUAGCAUAUGUCCUGCAGAGCUUCUCCUCGAAGAGGUUUUUGGGAUUCUCCGUCGCUAUGAUACUGGGCACUCUCUGCGAGGUAUUGGGAUAUGUUGGCCGCAUCCUCAUGUACAACAACCCCUGGAAGAGGGCUCCAUUCAUGGUUCAAAUCUGCUUCCUCACAAUCGGCCCGGCCUUCCUCGCUGCUGCUAUCUACUUCUGCCUCUCGAGAAUUGUCACAACAUUUGGCACGUCCAACUCCCGUAUUCCAUCUGCCUGGUAUCCACGAAUUUUCAUACCCUGCGAUAUCCUCGCACUUGCACUUCAAGGCACCGGAGGCGGGUUAGCCAGCACUGCCGAGACUGGCAGCAACCAGGCAGACGUUGGCAAAAACAUCAUGAUUGCCGGUGUUGUCUGGCAAGUCGUCGUUCUAGGCGUUUUUAUUUUGCUUGCGUUCGACUUCGCUCUCAGAACCUUGCUCCGGAUGAAAUCAAUGGGCGCUAGCGCCCUCGACUCCAAACACGCUGUGCUCCGCGCGUCCUUAUCAUUCCGCGGCUUUCUUGUUGCCCUCUCAUUAUCCACUUUCUUCAUCUUUGUCAGAUGUGUUUAUCGUAUUGCAGAGCUUUCGGGAGGCUGGGACGGCCACCUUAUGAAAGACGAACCCCUAUUUAUUGCCUUGGAGGGUGUUAUGGUGGGACUUGCUGUCCUAGUUCUCAAUGCUUUUCACCCAGGGAGAUGUUUUAAAGAAACCCCUGACGUUAUUGAUGAAGAGGGGAAAACCAUCAGUCGAUGA